UGAGAAUGGUUCCAUGAUGGACCUGAAACAUCGAUCUUAAAUUUUGUUUUGAAAUUAUAUGUGUCUUCAACAUCGUGCUUUGCAUCCAAGUGAGCCUUUGCCACAACCAAAUCUUAUCACUCAAGCACUGCAGUCCAAGAGAGCUCUGGAGGCAACAUGUUCUUCAGAAUUUGAAAGCAUGAAGAAACAGUUCAAACUUGAACUUAAUGAAAAGGAUAAAAAUACUGAAACAGGGAGUUUGUUGUGGAAAGUCAGUGACAAUGGUGAGCCUCUUAGCAGUAUAACAGAAGGUAAUGAAAAUGUCAGUAUGCAGAGUAUUGCCAAAGGAGUUGUUACAAAGGUUGGUACAGUUGAUCCUGUUAAAGAUUUCAGAGCUAUGAUAGCCCAGAAUAAUGUCCAAGAGUUUGGAAAAGUAUGCAGUGAAAUGAAGAUGCAGAUAAAUGAGUUGUUGAAGCAGUCUUUCGGGAAAAUGAUUAAUAGUAAAGUGAUUGAUUGUAUCCGUGCUCUUCGAGAAGAAUGCUGUAUAUCUAACAAACCUUUAAUUUUCAAUACAUUCCUGGAAGAACUUAAGGCGACUCUUCCUAUCAUCCACAAAGGAGACUUCUGGAGGGAGAUUCAAAAUGCUGAUAUUACAUUGAUUGCAAACUCUGAAUGCAACUCAAGUUCUGUUACAAAAGAUGCUGCACUCAAG